AUGGCAACUGCACGAUUUCGUGCACGGCUAGAGCAGGUGCUGCUGUCUCCCUGCGUCACCACUACCAUCGCGACGACAAAGUCCACGGCGCCUGGCGCGUUAUCAGUUGCAUUCCCUCUCCCUCGAGUUUUCCUUCAGUCCAUCGUUAGCAGUUCAGCCGACCACAUUGCAGACUGCUCUAUCAUUUCUUGGGUGCUGGCCUCCAUUGCUCUUCGGAAAUGGGGUUCUUCCUUUUCAUCCUUCCUCGCGUCUAGCAUUCCUACCAUACUGUUCUCUGGCAAGAUGCUCGCCCCCGUCCCGGAGGGCGCUGUCUUCUUCUUGGAAUGGCCAAUGUGGGCGCGCUUAGCUCUUAUCUUAGGUGGUUUGCUUACGGUUAUCCUUACCACCGCCUUCGUGGUCAAGCUGAGGAAUUGGGCGCAGGACAGGAGGCUGGAAAGAAGAGCAGUGGAAGAGCAGGCCGAACGAGGGGAGAUGACAUUGGUCAACUGCUUGGACGAAGAUAUACCUUUCGGCAUCCGCGCUUUGAUUGAAGAUCCCGAAGUUGAAGGGGUGUGGAACGCUCGGACGGCAACUGCAUUACAAUUCGACAGAGCCCGAUGUCCCGCCCCUUCGCAGUUGGCAAUCAGGCCCAUUAAAUACUCGUCGAUUGCUUCUAGCUCAAUAUGCGAUUCCUCAGACAUAGGACUAGCGUCACCGGAAGCGGAUGUUGAUCCACCAGCUGAAUCUUCCUCCUCGAAGAAAGGGAAGACGAUUGUCAUAAGCUACAACGAUCCAUAUAUUCGCGCGGACGCCGCCGAGACCGCGCCAGGUCUGGCAAUUUCCGGUGUUGUGCUCAAUGCGGACCUUAUCACUGACAAUGGUUACACAGAUGGUGUUUCUUCAAUGUCAACGGACACACUGAGCCCGUCGCCCUCAAAAUUGCAGCUUCGUCACAUAACCAACCUUCGAUCUUCGGGAGCACGGAAAUUUGUCAUUGGUAACAAGGGGAGAAACACUCAGGAGGGCCACCAGAGGCCAGAAAGGCGUUCUGAUCCCAAUCCUCUUGAGGGCAUGGAGGCCCAUAGGCGCUUCCAUGCCGCAGAAAGCGGCCAACUACUUCCAAGGAAUCGGCGGCACACUGACAUGAUCCUGACGCCACCGUUUACACCCUCUCUUUCGGACAGCGAUGACAGCGACGACUCGGCAUCCCGUGCUCUAUCAUGGCCUGCUCGAAAUGGCAAUAUCAAUCUCGGCAAACAGUUUUCUCGCAGGGCGGAAAGGAUGGAAGGACCAAGACCCGUGCCUUUCCGCGCGUUCGUCGAGUCCUUACCCACCACCAAACCACCCCCUUCGGCAUGGACGGAGAAGACCCAGGCCAGGGUUGACGCGAAAAUUCUCCCUUCUCCCAAAACGAGCGAGACCGCAUCCAACACUUCUCUGCACACUCCAAGCUCUUCUACAAGUUCAAUAUCCGUGACAACCACAACGUCGCCUUCCGGUUCGCUCUCUAUUGCAAAUACUCGAUCACGGAAAGUCAACGAUGGGUUCGAAGUUCUACCUGCCGGCACACUGGAAAAGGGACCCAGGGUCAAGGACUUUGGGACCCGGCACGAGGACGUGGAGAUGAAGAAGAAGCCUAAGAAGCUACAGAAACGGUCGCGCUCAAGUUCUGAAAGCCGUCGAAGUUCAACAGAGAGUCGGAGGCUCAGCAGCGACAUCUUUCGUUUGCCGGUUUUCUGA